UUUUUUGAUGUCUCUAAAUCUAGAUGGUCACCAGGACAGAGGGUCAAAUUGAUGACUCUCUAAUUGGUGGCAAUGCCUCUGCUGAAGGUCCUGAGGGAGAUGGAACAGAAGCCACGGUCAUAACUGGUGUUGAUAUAGUAAUAAACCACCAUCUUCAGGAAACCAGCUUUACAAAAGAAUCAUACAAGAAGUACAUCAAGGACUACAUGAAAGCAAUCAAAGCCAGACUUGAGGAACAUAAGCCAGAGAGAGUAAAGCCUUUCAUGACAGGGGCUGCAGAACAAAUCAAACACAUCCUUGCUAACUUCAAAAACUACCAGUUUUUUGUAGGUGAGAACAUGAAUCCAGAUGGCAUGGUGGCUCUGCUGGAUUUCCGUGAGGAUGGCGUGACUCCAUAUAUGAUUUUCUUUAAGGAUGGCUUAGAAAUAGAGAAAUGUUAACAAACCAAACAGUAUGAUUUUGGAUCACCUGUCUUCAUAGCUGGCUGCUGUUACUUCUUCAUCAGCACAACACCAGGACUCAGCAAUGUCUAACAACUGGACUGAUGUCAUCCUGAGCUUUAUUCACUUAUUUUGACCCUGAUUUGGAGUGGAGGCAUUGUUUUAAAAAACAAAACAAAACCAAACAUCUGUCAUGUAGGUUGUCUAAAAUAAAACUCAUUUAAACCCAUUCUAGGUGAUGCCUCUUGGUCUAGUGUGUUUCUUAAGGUGACUUUACAGGACAGGUUGCUGCAAGAUCUUUGUCCAAGGAUCUGAUAACUGUCAAUAGUAUAGCCUGGUCCUAGCUCACUACAACUUGACUGUCUUCAGAUAGACUUCAUGCAGUUUCUACCUGUGGCAUUGGAGUGCAAGAGCAGGCUGAGGUGAAUAAGGCAAAGCUCCAAGAAAUGUCAUCAUAAUGAAGUGGACCUUCUUCAUCUCUCACGAUUGUACAGAGACUUCUCUCUCUGGAAGAGAUACCAAAAUUAAUAAAAAAAACCAAAAUGGAAUAUGUGCUAUUCAA